AUGUAGGACGCGUAGAAACUUUAAAAGUUAUCUUAACUCCCUAAAAACUUUUCAGAUUGGCAAGUUGGAGAUGAUUAUGAGAUAAUCAAAUAAAUAGGAUCUGGCUCAUAUGGAUAAGUUGUAGAGGCUAUGUAAAAAUCCACAAACAAGAAGGUCGCUAUUAAGAGAUUAACAGCAAUAUUUGAUGAUGAAAUAGAUUGCAAAAGAAUCUUAAGAGAAAUUUGCAUUUUAAGAGAAUUGAAGCACCAAAAUCUAAUUCAAAUUAUUGAAAUUCUUGAACCACAAGACCCUAAAUCAUUUGACACCAUAUAUGUCGUGAUGGAAUAUGCUCAAAGUGACUUAAAAAAAUUAUUCAAAUCCCCAAUUCAUUUAUAAUUUCUCCACAUCCAAACUAUUGUCUACAAUAUUUGUGUUGGCCUUAAAUAUUUGCAUUCAGCUAAGGUUUUACAUAGAGACUUAAAGCCAGCAAAUGUUUUAUUAAAUGAAGAUUGCACUGUUAAAAUAUGUGAUUUCGGAUUAGCCAGAAGUGUGCAAGGCAUUGAUGCCACAGAUUAGGCAUUAGAGGAAGAACUUGCUAGGCAAUAAGAAGAGCCCAAAAAGAAGGAUGAGAAAAAAGGACCUAGAAUGCUAUAAAAAUAAAAUAAACUUAAUGCCAAAGCUGUAAAGAGAGAGUUGACUGGACAUGUAGUAACAAGAUGGUAUAGAGCACCAGAAGUUAUUCUCUUGGAAAAAGAUUAUACUGCAGCUAUCGAUGUUUGGUCUGUUGGUUGUAUCUUUGCAGAAUUGCUAAACAUGAUGAAAGAAAAUGCACCAACAUUCUUAGAUAGAGCUCCUCUAUUCCCUGGAACCAGUUGUUUUCCCCUUAGUCCAGAAAGAAGUGCCAUAGCAAAAAAAGGAGGAUUUCCUUAUUCAAAUACAGAUUAACUCACUGUCAUCUUUUCUGUCUUGGGAACACCUGGAGAAAAAGACAUGGAUUUUGUCACUGAUAAAAAAGCUAUUGAAUACUUGAAGAGUUUUCCAAAAAAACCUAAGGUUGCAUUUGUUGAAAUAUUUCCAGGAGCACCUCCUGAGGCUUUGGAUUUUCUAGACAAAUGCCUAUAAUUUAGUCCAAAGAUAAGAAUCACUUUGGAUCAAGCAAUUGAACAUCCAAUGCUUUAAAAAGUUAGAGAUAAAAAAAAGGAAACAGCUGCUCCUGGACCUAUAUACUUAGAUUUUGAAUAAGAAGGCGAUUUAUAAAUUCCAAGAUUAAGAGAAUUAUUUUUAAGAGAAAUUUCAAAAUAUAAGCGCUGA